AUGCUGUGUCCAGGGCUGGUGGCGGCACGGUUCAUUGGGGACAAGCCCCUUGGCAAUGGUGGCUCCGAAGACACCAUCUCUGGCCCGGGGAUUGCUCAGUCCCCAAAGGACAAGAACAGGAAGCUGAGGCCUCUCUACGACAUUCCCUACAUGUUCGAGGCCCGGGAGUUCCUGCGCAAGAAGCUCAUCGGGAAGAAGGUGAACGUGACGGUGGACUACAUCCGACCGGCCAGCAGCGCCACCGAGACCGUGCCCGCCUUCUCUGAGCGCACGUGUGCCACCGUCUCCAUCGGCGGAAUCAACAUCGCCGAAGCGCUGGUGAGCAAAGGCCUGGCCACCGUCAUCCGCUACCGGCAAGACGACGACCAAAGAUCCUCACACUAUGACGAGCUUUUGGCCGCGGAGGCUCGGGCUAUCAAGAACGGCAAAGGGCUGCACAGCAAGAAGGAGGUGCCGAUUCACCGGGUGGCCGACAUCUCCGGGGACACCCAGAAGGCGAAGCAGUUCCUGCCCUUCCUGCAGCGUGCCGGCCGCUCCGAGGCCGUGGUGGAGUACGUCUUCAGCGGCUCCCGGCUGAAGCUCUUCAUGCCAAAGGAAACCUGCCUCAUCACCUUCCUCCUCGCAGACGAGACCCCUGGAAAAGCAGAUCUAGCCCAUUACCGGGUUGCACUGUCAUGUGCUGGAGAUGCACCAGCGGCGUCAGUGACCCACGGGGAGCCGACAGCCCCGAGCACGGACAAGGGCGGCCAGGAGCAUCCCUCCCGGAGCACGCCGGACCACUGCAGCCCACCAGCCCAGCUUUGCCCUGAAAGGCACCGUUAA